AGUUGUCUACCUCCACAGAACCCCAAAGCUCUAAACCAGCAACAAUUUGAAGCAGACACAAACCAAACCAAGAUGGGUAAAAAAGGUUAUGUGGGUUUUAUCUUCUUUAUGAUCUAUGGCUUUUUCAUCUUAAAGUUUGGAUCUUCAGAGGCUAAAAUGGUUCCAGCUCUGUACGUGUUUGGAGACUCACUCGUGGACGUCGGCAACAACAAUUACUUGACUCUUUCCAUUGCAAAGGCAAAUCAUCGUCACUAUGGCAUUGAUUUUCCCACCCACAAACCCACUGGCAGAUUUAGCAACGGCAAGAAUGCUGCAGAUUUUCUUGCUGAGAAAUUGGGUUUGGCAACUUCGCCACCUUACCUUUCUCUAACAUCAACUGCCAACAAAAACAAUGCAUCUUUCAUGGAUGGUGUUAGCUUUGCUUCCGCAGGUGCUGGAAUAUUUGAUGGUUCUGACUUACGAUAUAGACAAUCAAUACCGCUGACAAAACAAGUGGACUACUACUCUAUUGUGCGCGAGGAAAUGACACGAGAAAUAGGAGCAGCGGCUAUUCAGAAACAUCUCUCAAAAUCAAUUUUUGUUGUGGUGAUUGGCAGCAACGACAUGUUUGGAUACUUUGAAUCAUCAGAUCUACGUAAGAAAAGCACCCCACACCAGUAUGUUGAUUUCAUGCUUCUCUCACUAAAAUUACAACUACAGAGAUUAUACGAUGAUGGUGCACGUAAAUUUGAGAUCGCGGGAGUUGGGACACUGGGAUGCUGCCCUGAAUUCAGGCUGAAGAACAAAACGGAAUGCGUUGUAGAAGUGAAUUACUGGUCCGUAAAAUAUAAUGAAGGCCUUCAAUCCAUGUUGAUGGAAUGGCAAUCAGAGAAUAGAGGGAUAAUCUACUCCUACUUUGACACUUACGCUGCCAUCAACGACCUCAUUCAGACUCCAGCUUCUUAUGGAUUUAGUGAGGUAAAAGGUGCUUGUUGUGGACUGGGUGAGCUGAAUGCCAGGGCUCCCUGCCUGCCAUUGUCAAACCUUUGUCCUAAUAGACAAGAUCACAUCUUCUUUGACCAAUUCCAUCCUACGGAGGCAGCUUCUCGUAUAUUUGUUAAUAGACUUUUCGACGGUCCUUCAGGUUACGCAUCUCCCAUUAAUAUGAGACAACUAGUAGCAGCCUGAACUUUAGCAUUCAUUAACUCUUCAAUGACAUUUCUUUUCUUUAUAAUUCGAUAUUAAACGUCGAAUGUGAUGUUGGGGAGGGAAAAAAGAUCCCGAAGGCUUCAUGGAAAAUUAUUUCUGGUUAGCAGAAUAUGCAUCAUGUUACUUGGAGUGGAUGGCAUAUCUAAAUUGGUACAUGGGAUGAAGGUGCAUCUGACAAAAUGCAUUCUUAUGAGAAUGAUGGUUUUAUACUACUUUUAAUAGACGUUAAUGAAGUAUGACAAACCAUAUAAUGUUUUCCUAUCAAGCAAGUAGUUGUAGCUUACGUUGACAGGGUGGGCAAGAUCCAACUGCUUCAAGUUCAAGCGUUGAUGUUAACCUAGCUGUGGACAAAAUCAACCGUAAGAGGAAAGGAAGGAGAAACAUUUGUAAACA